UCAAGUUUUUUAAAAUUCAACAACAUGAAAGACGGAAAAAAUGUGCUUACUAUGGUGUUCGUGGACGUGGUUGUAAAUACAAAAUUUUAGGAUUUUCAAUUUACAAAUUGUAGCAUUGGCCAUCGCAGACAAAUAGCUUUCUUUGUAACUUAUAUCAAACAUGGGAAUUCAAGGACUUUUACCGUUAUUAAAGUCUAUACAACAACCGAUUUGUCUUUCUGAGCUUACUGGAAGUACUGUGGGAGUUGAUGUUUAUUGCUGGCUACAUAAAGGGGCGUAUGGAUGCGCUUUAGAACUGGCCGAAGGAAAAGAUUCCGAUUUAUACAUCAAAUAUGUGAUGAGGAGAGUCAACCUGAUGCUUUAUUACAAAGUGACUCCGAUUCUUGUGUUUGAUGGAGGAUAUCUUCCUUCAAAAAGUGAGAAAGAGACAGAAAGAAGAGAGAAAAGAAAGGAGUACAAAUCACAAGGGCUUGCUCAUCUCAAAAACGGCAAUCGAACAAAAGCUGUUGAAUGCUUUCAGAAAUCUAUUGACAUCACUCCAGAAAUGGCACUUAAUGUCAUGAAAGUUUGUCGUGAGAAGUGUGUGGAUUAUAUAGUAGCACCAUAUGAGGCUGAUGCCCAGCUUGCAUAUUUAAUGAAAGCCGGAAUCACACAAUGUACUAUAAGUGAAGAUUCAGAUUUACUUGUGUAUGAAUGUGAGAAGGUUAUUUUUAAAAUGGAUGGAAAUGGUUGUGGCUUGCUUGUCGAUCUUAAGCAGCUAUCUAAGCUCAAAAAUGUGAGAAUGGAAUCUUUUACUCGACAAAAAUUUCGUGAAAUGUGCAUACUUUCAGGUUGUGAUUAUCUUAAUUCUGUGAAAGGAAUGGGCUUAAUCACAGCUCAUAAAAUGUUGAAAAAACACUCCACCAUUGAAAAGCUUAUAAGUACACUCCGACUGAAUACAAAGAUGAUUGUUCCAAAAGAUUAUGAAGAAAGAUUCAAGAAAGCCGAGCAGACGUUUCUUUACCAAAUUGUUUUUGACCCGAAAACAAACACGUUUGUGCCAUUGAAUCCCCUCCCCAAGGAAUUAAUUGCUUCUAAUUUAAUGUUUGCUGGUCAUAAUUUAAAAUGGAAACAAGAAGAAGCGUUUGAUGUAGCGAUUGGUAACAUAAAUCCUCUUACUGGUCAACGAAUUGCAAGUUUUAAACAAAGCAAAGUUUUAUUAUUUGGAGAAAAACACCAGUCAUUGACGAUUGACGGUAAAAAUUUAAAAAAGAAAUCCAUUCCAACAAUUAAAACGUUUAUUUGCCCUAAAGAGAAAAAAUCCUGCUCAAAGUUCGCCAUUGAUGUAGCCCACUCUAAGAUGACAACAUAUGAUGUGGAAAAAAAUUUGAACAGAGCUUAUAGAGAGGAAAUAUCAUCUGAGAAAGCAAUGAGUACUUUUGUUACUCCUCUUGUGACAAAAACAAAAUUUGUUAAAUCAGAAAUAAAUGAAGUAAACGAGGAGAACUUGAAACUUGAAAGAUUAUAUUCAACAAGUCAGGAUGAAUUAACUGUUGAUGUGAACCAUAAUGUGAGUGAAGCGGGUUCAAUAUUUCGCAUGAAUGGUCAACCACAGCUGAAAAUACGACGAAGCAAUCCAUUUAGAAGUCCAACGUAUAAAAUAAAGAAAGAGGAACAAGUCGUUAGUCGGUAUUUUGGCUUGGCUGGGAUGGAAACUGUACAGAAUAAGCAAGCAAGCAAUGAUUCGAUCGAAAGUGAUACCGUGAUGGUGAUUAAGGAACUUACGAACACGAAUGUUGAAAGUGAAAGUUGCGUCACUUCUCAGAGCUCUGAGGGUACAGAGUUUCAGGAAUCCGGUUAUUUUAGCGACAAUGGAACACAGGAGAAGACACCGCUUGAAGAACCAGAAAUAAAAAAUAGUUCUAGCUUGAAAGAACUUUUGCCAAAAGACUUUCCUUCAACUUCUCACACCAUGCCAUCAUCUACUUCGACAACGACAUCUCCCAAAGAUCCUGAAACACCAAAGAAUAAAAAUGGCGGAAAGAGGAAACGUUUGAGUGAGACGUCAAUUUCAAAUCAAAUGUCUUUAGACAAGUUUGCUUUUAAUAAAGAAACACUUUUGUCGCUUAAUAAGAAAGAUAAGUGUAAUUCACCCAGAAAACUUUGUCUACCGACAAAUUUCACAGCACUAAUUGAGGAAGGAGUGGAGGAAGAUCUUAAAGAAAACCAGGAGAACAUAUGUCAGUUAUUUAAACAAGAAGACAUGAAACGUGUCCGUGUGGAUACUGAAGAAUUUUACGAUAAAUCUUCACACGUUACAAAGAUGAAAAAAUCGUGUCCGAAAACUGAAAUUGUAGGAAAACCGUCAAGGCUCCUUGGUCUGCGUACACAAACAACCAAUGGCUUGGUUAGAUGUCGAACUGUUGGUCUUAGUCGCCCAACUAAAGAUACAUCGAAGAAAAAUAAUAAUGUGGCUCCUUCAUUUAAAUGCCUGUCAUAUCAAGGAAGGAACAAAGCCGUUUAAAAUAUAGCCGAACAAGCAUUCAAGGAUAGUAUAAAAAGUUUUUUAAGCCUUCAGGCUUCAGUUCAAACGUUGAACUCGUCGUGUGCCGAAUGCAAUAAAGACAAAGGAAUGAAAUGUUUAUUGCUUUAAGGCCUUUGUAAUCUUUGUAGUGCAUUUUGCGUAUGAAAGUUCAUCGUUAGGACUGAGUAUUAUUUUACGCCAUAGAAGGUUUUAUAUAAUUAUAAUUUUGACUAGAAAUUUUUUUGAUAAAUCUACGUGAAUUUUAAUUCGA